AUGGAGGAGAGUAGUAUUGACGACUAUUCAGACUAUCUCACAACCUAUUCUGUACGGCCGUAUCCCACAGUCGGAGAAGAUAAUGCUCCGUUCGCUUGCGCCGCCUCUUCUACUCACGUUCAUGUCCGCUUCUCUUACCACACAGUUGACGACAGUGACGAUGGAGAAUACGAGGUAGAAUCACGAAUCAUAUGCUUAAGGGACGAGGUGCUGGCGGAGGAAUCAGGAGACGAUUGCCGUAGUUUCAUCUUAUCCGAAGGGCUGUGUUACUGGCCCAUUGACGCCGGCACCGUCCUUGACAUCGCCGACGAGGUGGUUCAGAAAGCGUUGCAGUUUAAGCGUAAUCUUCGGGUUGAGAUACGGUCGGUUCAGAUACGAGGAGGUUCCGAUGUUCAAGAAACGUACGAGGAUUAUGAUGAUCGAGAUUUCGGAGGCGCCGAUGGCGGUUGCGUGGACAUCAAGUCGUUAAAGAGGAAGAGAAUAGCGUAUGACGAGAGGGAUUGUUGUUGCGUUAUUUGCUUGGAGGUGUUAACGGCGGGGACAGAUGUGGGUGUUAUGCCGUGCAGCCAUUAUUCCUUUCACCACGAUUGCCUCUCAUCUUGGCUCGAGAGAAGCCCUUCCUGCCCUCUCUGCCGCCGCAAGAUGUCUGCUGUCACCGCCGCCACGGCGGCGGAUUCUCGUUCUUAA